UAUUACACGCCUUAUUUUUGUUUGUUGAUUUCAAAACACAGUAAUGUACACGCGAAACCAGGCCGCUGUUAGAAAACAUCAGCACAGUAGGCUAUGUGUGUUUUCCGGAAUUCGUCCCAGAUUUGCUGUGACCAGUUUAGUUUCGUCCUAUUUCAUUUCAAACGCAAAAAUCAUGUGCAGAAAUACUAGCCUUUUGUUUGGUGUAGUCUUAUUCUUUUACACGCAAGCGGUUUCUCGAGGAAAUUGGUAUACACUGGGCGAACACGAAUAUUUGAUAGACAACAAGUUAAUCAGUGGGUUUGAAAACGCAAGGGCCAGAUGCCAAUUAAACAACGCGAGCUUAGUAAUUAUUAGAAAUAACGAAACUCAGCAGUUUCUGGCCAGUAAAAUUAAACACUGGAAUGGCGCCUUGUUUUACUACAUCGGCCUCCAAAAAACUGGUAAUGAUAGAAACGCUUUUACAUGGAUCGACAACACUCCGAUAUCAAACGGCCCAACUUUUUGGAGGCCCGGAGAACCCAGCAAUAUGAGAGGGCCUAAAGAUUGCGUAAUGAUGUGGUCGGAUAGAGACGGGGUUCCUUUUCCUUGGAUUAGCGUUCCAUGUUCAUACACAGGGCGCUACAUUUGCGAAAAACCUCCAAGUACAGCACCGCCGACAUCAACCCGGGCAAUAGUUGCGACGACAUCAGAGAUGCCAUCAACCCAACAACAGGUUACAACAACUGAUCAUUCUGAAGAUGAUGUAGAAGGCUUCACGGUAUUUGCUCCAAUUGCCAUUAUUUUGGGGGUUGCGUUUCUUGCGGUUUUAUCAGCUCUACUAAUCUGUCGCUAUUUUAAAUUUAUAGCAGGAGCGGGUGCUAGUGCCCGACACAGAGCAAACACUGGUCUAACUCGGGAGAACUUAGGAAACUCCCAAAUCGUUUAUAGAGUUAAUACAGGAGGUGAGGGUGAACAUGAACCAUCUUAUCAGGAGAUUGAAGUUCGUGUUUCUAUCUGUUCUGUAUCACAAAAUAACAGCGAGCGCAGUCCUUCGCGACCAGAGUCGAAAACCAUGAAUUCUGAGCCGCCAUCAAACACGCUGACUGUACCAGCUGCAGUAAACGAAGCUAGCCAGCCACUAAAUGUUGAAAACGCAAAUAUCGAAGCAAUGUAUAGUGUAGUAAAGAAAACAGAUUUCGUUUAGACGGCAGGACUUAUGUAUUGGUUGCAAUAAAUGGAAACAGCUUGCUUGCUGUAGAAGUAAAUUUUUCGUUGCUAUUUAGAAAUAUCCGAUGCCCGCACCAUGUCCUGUUCAAAAACAAUAUAAAACCGUAUCCUCACGACUCACAAAUGGACACGGUCAGGAGAUUUAGAUAUUAUGUGGUUAAGGUGUCCCGUCUUCCACUACCAUGAAUAAUGCGCUGAGAUUAAUGUUAAACUGGUCACUUGUGGUUCAUGCCUUGCUGUAAAGAUCUCACCCGUGUAGAAAUAGAUUCGCAAUAAAAACGACAAAUUAAAAUCGUGAA